AACUGUCAAAUUCUCUGGUUUCAGGUUGACCCUGAUGAGGUGAAUGCUCUAGCUCAGCUGAUGACAUGGAAGACAGCUGUAGCAGACAUCCCCUACGGAGGAGCAAAGGGUGGAAUUGGCUGCAACCCAAGGGACCUGAGCAUCAGUGAGUUAGAACGUCUAACUCGGGUUUUCACCCAAAAGAUUCAUGAUCUCAUUGGUAUUCAACGGGAUGUUCCUGCCCCUGAUAUGGGAACCAAUGCUCAGACUAUGGCAUGGAUUCUCGAUGAGUAUUCAAAGUUUCACGGUCAUUCACCUUCUGUUGUGACCGGAAAGCCAAUUGAUCUUGGAGGUUCUUUGGGAAGGGAGGCAGCCACAGGUCUCGGAGUUGUUUUUGCAACUGAGGCUUGGUUAGCUAAAAAUGGGAAGUCAAUUGCUGAGAACACAUUUGUCAUACAGGGCUUUCGAAACGUGGGAACCUGGGCCGCUAAGUCUCUUUAUGAGAGAGGUGGUAAGGUUGUUGUUGUGAGUGACAUCACUGGUGCCAUCCGAAAUCCCAAUGGAAUCGACAUCCCUACCCUUCUGAAACACAAGGAAACCAACGGAAACUUGACCGAGUUCCAAGGAGCAGAUGUAAUGGAUCCAAAUGAAGUGCUUGUUCAUGAAUGUGAUGUUCUUAUCCCAUGUGCCUUGGGUGGAGUACUGAACAAGGAAAAUGUUGCUGAUGUGAAAGCUAAACUUAUAGUUGAAGCUGCAAAUCACCCAACUGACCCUAAAGCGGAUGAGAUUUUGGCCAAAAAAGGAGUCACUAUAUUACCUGAUAUUUAUGCUAAUGCUGGUGGAGUUACUGUGAGCUAUUUUGAAUGGGUUAUACCCAGGUGGCAAAUUCUUUGAUCCUCUUGGUUUAGCCAGUGAUCCUGAAAAGAAAGAAAGACUUCAAUUGGCAGAGAUUAAACAUUCUCGCUUGGCUAUGGUUGUUUUCCUCAACUUUGCAAUCCAAGCUGCUGUUACUGGAAAAGGUCCUAUUGCUUUCAUUGCUACCUUCAACCAGUGAGACAUAUAAUCUACACUUAAUAAUACAAUUCUAUGAUCCCCAACCACAUUAUCUUAAUAAUAAUAUUUAUGAGUUUGUUCUUUCAAAACUUGCAAAUUAGUGCAAUUUGCUUUCACACAUAACUGAGAAUAUAACUACUAUUCCUUACAAACUUCAAAAGAUUGAACCCUCAUAGCUUAUGACCUUA